CAACGUGCUUUCCCCGGGCCUGGAACAAUGUCAACACGAGUGCUUUAUGAAUGACGCAUGCGUAUCGUACAACUUGGGUCCCACACGGGGAAUGAGUAGGACAUGUGAGCUGAGUGAUACAGAUCACGUGGGAUUUCCUGAUCAGCUGGUUGUAAAGGAAGGUGCCGAAUACUGUCCUAUUAGGAAUCCUUGUACAUCAUCUCCAUGUGCGGCCAUAGAGAUUUGUAAACCAGACUUUACUUGGGAUUCGUUUACUUGCAUCCAUAAAAUGAUCGCGUGCAGACAGCUAACAAAAUGUCCUAUCUACCAGAACUGUGUCGUGCGAGCAGAAACUUUUGCAGUCGAAUGCCUAGGUAGGUCUCGAUAG